AUGCAAGGUCCGGUUCAGUCGUCAGCCCCAAAUCUUGGCAAAGAUGGAGCCGAGAAGACAGCCAGGUCGAUUUUUGUCGGCAAUAUUCCGUACGAAGCAACUGAAGAAAAACUCAUUGAGCUUUUUAGCAAGGUAAUCCUAUGAAUUGUUACGCAUCAAAUUCAGGCUGGACCAGUAAACGGUUUUCGUCUAGUUUACGACAGAGAAUCCGGCAAACCAAAAGGAUAUGGUUUCUGUGAGUAUAGCAAUGCUGCUAUUGCCGCAAGCGCCCUUAGGAACCUUCAUAAUAUCGACUUCAAUGGCCGCCCCUUGCGCAUCGGUAAAUGGUUGCGUACCGCGUUACUGUGCUUUAGGGCCAGCCGCUGGUGAGCAGAAUUCUGCGGAAGUGGCACUAAGUAACCCUGCUGUUGGCCCUCCGGUCGAAAAUGCAUACGGAGCUCCAGUUGAUCCCAAACAUGCACCGGAAGCGAUUAGUAGAGCUGUCGCAAGCCUGCCCCCCGAGCAGAUGUACGAACUUAUGAAACAAAUGAAAUUGUGUAUCCAAAACAAUCCGAAUGAAGCAAGAAAUAUGCUGCUUCAAAAUCCGCAGUUGGCAUAUGCGCUUCUGCAGGUAUUUUGUUGGUGUGAUACUUUAACUACUCACUCCCCUGAAUCUAUCAUCGUUGAAAAUUUGCGAGGGAUCUAUCCUUCCUCUCGGUUUUAGAGUCCGACCCAGCCUGUGGUUCUUUUUUUUUCGAGAGUUGUUUAAUCACACGCGUUAAAAUGCGUUCUGUGUUUAUCCUGUCGCCCAGACCGCCCUGAAAUCCUACGUUUUGUUUGCAAGCUCAUCUUGUUAAGCUACUUUUAAUAUUCAGCAACACUUUCUCGUUAUUAGAUCUUCCCGACAGUUAAAUUCAUCCAAUAAUUUUCAGGCUCAGAUAGUUAUGAAGAUUGUCGAUCCCAAGGUGGCGAUUGGAAUGCUCAACAGAAGCCAUGACCAAAUACCGCCUGCAAGACCGGAUAAUUCGAAGCCCUUCGAGGAAGAACAGAACUCUUUCCAAACUCCUUCGGCUCAUAACUUUCAAACACCUCACCCUCAACCGGUUGCCCCUCCAAUGCCUACUGCGCAGCCAAACCAAUUUCCUCACUCGGCCGUGCCACCUCUUUCUAUAAACAGUUCAGUUACCCCCUCACAAUACCAGCAGGGUCCUGCGGCUGUGCCGCUGCGUUCAACGAAUCCAGCCAUACCUCAGCCGACUGCCCAAAUUCCAUUCACCUCAGAAUACCCUGUCAUAUCACAGGAGUCUAUAUCCGCAGGUUGGAUUCGCUUUGCCUUUAUUAUUCAUGCGAUCUUUACAAUACGAAUCAUGGGUUGGGGUAUUCGUCAUUAUGAGGCUGCAAUCAUAGUGCAAACACCUAAACGCGUUCUUCUCAUGUCAUAAAAUUUCGACCUCUGAGUCCUUAAUCACGUAAUAAGGAAUUGACAAGUCUAUUUUUAAAAUUAUGCUUCAAUUUGCUCUAACUAAAACCAGCACAGCCAAGGCGAUUAUACAGUCCCGUAAACCAACAGGGCCAGUUAUGACAGAAGGCUUGGUUUCCGGCAGACCAUCAAAUGAACUUUUCAUUUUCGAACCGCAAGUACUCUCGGGUUUCAGGAUCCCUCCAAAGCUGUCUCUGCCAUAUUUGUUCGCAUUUUUUAUGGCCACAACCCCGCGCCUAUCCGAACAGUAGUCACGGACGUGUUCGGUCUUGGUCAGACAGAGCGCUUGGCUGAACUAUCCGCACUUCAACUAUAACCCCACUUACAGUACGUGACCUAACGGAUGAAAGGUGUCGCAAUUUACGAAUUGUUGCUUAUCAUUCGCAGACGGACACCAAUGCAUAGAUCAAAUGUCUAUUGAAAACAGAGGAAAUAUUAAAUUUAAUAUUACUUUGUGUGGAAAUACCAACUUUUCAGAAAAGCGAAAAAUAGUGAGAAUAUCAGAAGUGGUUGUAAUUGAGCAAACCUUAGUUUUCGGUGUACCGGAAGCCUGUACAUGCAAAAACUGAGAUAUGACAGCAUUAAUACAAUAAUGCUUACCAGUAGUCUUUUAGUGGAGUUUAUAUCUAGAUAUCCUUUAAUGUUAGGUAUGGCGAUUUGCCUACAGCCUACAUCCUGAGUAUAGAUUCCAAAACGGUUUCCUGAGGACUCGUAUGUCCCUCGGUUUUGCAUUGCUUGAGAUGUGGUUCAAUAAAGCAAACAUGAUUUUGCUUCAUUUCAUCGAUAGAGACGUCAUAGGAACAAAAGUCACAUGCUGCCAGGCCGGUCGGCGAUAGUACGUCUAAGCAGAUUUGGCAGAUGUAGUCGUAAACAUACUAUUUCGUGUUUACAAAGAGGACUCCGUGAAAUUGGUUUGCACUUUUCCAUUGUCCUGAUCGCGCUGAGUUUCAGUGUAGCCUCGAAAUUCAACCGAGUUCUUCAUGAUUUUCAGUGUUUCCAGUCUAUCACUCAUGAAGACAGAUUUUGUAUUAUAGGUUUAUUAAAACUAAGAUCCAGUGGCUCAGUGGUUAGAGGCGUUCGACUUCUAACUAACAGGUCGCGGGAUCGUACCCCAGGUGUUCCACACUUCGGGCCUGGAUAUAGGUGACUGACAACGGCUAAGAAGCCAGAAAUGACCAUUUCAGUCUCCUUUGUCAUAAUCGGUAAUAACGUGCUGCCAGAAUGCGCAAAAUUUAAGGCGUCUGGAAAUUCUCAUACCAGAUUCUGUCAUCAAGUUUCAUGAGUUAAGUCACGUACUGCAAGUUGCGAAUGGGUUUGAUCCCUGGGUUCGACCUGCGUGAAAAGGUCGCGCAACAUCCAGUCGGGCGAUUCAACCACAAGCCUUGGUUUUCUCAGAGUAACUUCGCCCCAAGCUCAAGAUCCGGCAACAAUAUGAUCGAAGGAAUGUUGCGUUUUUCUAGUUUUUCAAAGGUGGUUGUGUUUUACCAGGGAGUCCAUGUAAUCAGAGAUUCCUUUUGACCUGCUCUUCUGCCGUAGUUCACAUUAACCGACGGCAGCGCAUAGACCCACUGGAUGUCAUUGUUAACUGUGAUGUUCCCUUUAUGGUCGUACAAUGUCCAAACUUUCGCUAUCCUGAGCUAAUUAUACGCGUUUGUUAAGUUUAAAAAUUUCGUACAGUGCGACCAGCCUUUAACGCCCCGCAUAGUCCACUCAAGCCAGACGGUGUGUUAGCUACGACGAAAUUCAAGAGGCGGUCUAUCGCCUUCUAUGAGAGACUGCUGUUUUAUAACAAACAAUUGGCAGACAGCUACUGCGCCAAGGCGAAAACUGGGAGUCUACUGUGCUUCGCGUGAGACCAAGCGGUUUCAACCAGACUUGGCAAUUUCUUUAUCUGCUUUUGUGACAUCCCGACAACACAUUUUAUAGAGAACAAAUAUAGCAUCGGUUUAGUUCUCCAUGGCAGACCCCGCGCACUAUGCACACCGGAUACUUCCAAGCCAGUUGAAUUAAAUCAAAGUUCUUAGACUUAAGUCCACAGUCCAGGACCUUUUGAAGACGUCGAAUCAUUGCCCAAGUUUCAACAGCAGAGAGCGAUCUGUCGUUAAGGUCUUUCGAGUUGUUGUGGAGGCAGCUGCAAUCAUAUUCUCCUGCAAACAAAUCUGUCCGGUCUGUCCUUCUCAAUGGCUGUGAAUGGUGAGCUGUGCGCGUGGAUGACGAACGAAAACUACCGCCUGAGGACUAUCCUUCGCGUAAAGUACACCAAAUUCGUCUCAAAUGAGACAGUCCACACUCGUUGCAGCAACAUCGCAAGGAUAACCCAGGCCAUCCAAGAAAGAUGACUGAGGCGGUUUGGGCACGUUCUUUGUCGUGCGCCGUAGGAAUCCAGUGUUAGCGUCCUUGACCCGGUACCUUUACCUCAUUGGAGGCGUUGAAGAAGGGGUCAACUCAAAACCUAGCUGGACACAGUUCGUCGAGAUAUUAACGUAGUUCUUAGAUCUUCGGUAUUCGGUCUCCGUCGUUUGUGGAGAGAAUAGGUUGAACUGUCCUGAUCUGCUGCUGCGGAUCGUAACGCGUGGAGCGGUACAGUUCGGGACAUCAUCAAUGCUGCCGUACCAAGUAUAAGCGAGUAUACUCAGUUCGGCAAGAAAAUUUGGCACGGUGCGCAAAUGGGCUGAGUACUCCGUUAAUCCCGGAAUCGCACAGUCUGUGGGGCGUUCGGAAGACCGGGUUUUCUUUCUCUUAUUCGAAUACUCAUUUAGUUGUACCAUUCGAUUGGCGACGCGGAACGUUCGUCACUACUCUGUCGCCAAUCACUAUGGCAUACCCUGACCCAGAAGUUGUAUUCAAACAGUGCCGAGCUUAGUCGCCCCCCAACGCACGUUAUCAAAUGUUACAGUUUUUUGCUAUUUUGAUAAUUUUUCAGUUUUUGGGUUUGCGUCCGACAAUAGAAGUCAUUAGCCAAAACGUAGACCAUAACGUAGACAAUGACUGCAAAAACCGCUCAUUUGAUGCCGCAUUCUCACAGUCUCUGACGAUAGCCUCAUGUACGAAACCGAAAGCUCAGACUAAUACACCUACUGUCCCAGAGAUCGUGUGUUCAUCUUCUUUAUUCAAAUUAGUGUGUUCUAGUUAAAUCAUUGUUUUCUAUCUCGAUAAUGUUCCGAAGCAGUCAAAAACGGCUGCGAGUUAUAGUAUUCACGUCGAUCCUGAACAUAAACUACAGCCGUUACUCUUAUUCUUCAGACAUUUAAGCACCAACAUACUGCCAACUUGAAGUCGCCAUACCUAAGUUGUGGGCAUACUUUCUCAUUAAUUCGGCGAGUUAUCUCGUACAUCUAAGAUCAUUGUUCGAUUUAUCUGUGCCGUUCAUAUAUUUUGCGUUCUUAUUCUCGACUUAUGUAAACUCGAGGUUUACUUUUCAUCUCAGGUAUGUACCCGGGCAUGCCUGGAAUGCAACCACCACCUCCUGGCUACCCAGCUGGUCCUAGAAAGCCUUUUGAUGCUGUCUCCAAUCGUCCGCCGUUCCAACCGCAAGCUGGCGUUCCGGCCACACUUCCGAAUAUGCCCAUGAACGCUCCACAGUUUAUGACGAGUGUCCCCGCUGUACCUGCACCAGCUGCUCCUCGCCCUUCGCAGCCAUCGGAUCAGGCAAGCCCUGCUUCAAAAUAUGUUUUGUCUGGUUUUAUUAGCACAAACUUGUAUUCUUACUGGAUUUCAUGACUGUUUGCUAAUUUGGUGUCCCACUCCGAAAUGAUGGACCGCAGCCAUAGCCGCAACUGCAACAAUGUGUUGAUAGCUUUAGAGUGUUCGUCAUCCAAACGCCGUUACCCUUCUAUUUUGCUGCUAGCUGAAGUGACCUUCCGUUCAUAUGAUAGGAGCGCUUACCAGGGACGUUGUGUCGAUUCCCAAGACGCAGUAUGGUAGCUUGUUCGUGUUAAACGACAAAAGUCAUCAGAGGUGUCACUUUUCCAAUCGAAAAAGAUUCUCUGGAAGUUCGCCUGGUCAGCAUCACUUUGAACGAAUUUUCUGAUUUUUUAUAUCAUCUGCAAACAUGGCACGGUCUAAUCUUACAGUCAAAUUUGUGUACACAGCUAUUAAUAACUAAGAGAAAGGGUGUCGGCCCUGGCACUGAACCCUGUGGGACUCCACUCUCUAUGACUAUACACCUUGAUUGGUGUUGCUGUACACAAAAACUUUCGAAUCUCCAACGAGGAAAUUUAGGAUCCAUUUAAGAAGCUUGCCUCUGAUACCCACUAUUUUCAACGUACACAGGAGUCGCCGAUAAGGGACACUAUCGAAUGCCUCCCUAAAGGCAAUGUAGGCAGCAUGCGCAGUGUGUUUUUCAUCGAGUGCGCUUAUCCAACUCGGCAUCGUAUAAAGCGAGUUCGCCACACGUAAUCUUCAUUUACGAAAGCCAUAUGGUAUAUCGGACAAGAGACUGUUGGUUUCCGGAUAACUCAACUACUUCUAGAUGGUCUUCACCACUACUUUGCAGCGGAUUGAUGUCAGGCUGACGGGUCCGUAGUUGGUCGAAAGUGCACGACUACCGCCUUUGUGGAUCAGUGUAAUGUGUGCUGUUUUCCAAUCCGGGAAAAACUCCCUGUGUCGAACGCCUUCUGGCACAAAACGGAUGAUGACUUAGCCAGUUCCUAGGCAACUCGGUAGAGCAAAUUGUUCUCGAUAUCCCGUCGUGUUUUGAAAAUGAAGCCUUUAACCUUGUCCCUUCGGGCUUUAUGUUCUUCCCAGGUUGCUCUUUCGUUUUUUCGCAAAACUUCCACAACCAUCCUGAUCUUUUCGCUAUGCCUUAGCGCUUAUUGGGCAAAAUGCUCCUUGCCAAAUGUUUGGCCUGAUUUCGUUUAUUUCGUAUGACACAGAGUGUAAACAGUACUCCCAGAGAAGUUUUGCAUGACCACUCUGACAGUAUACGUCGUCCAUAAUACUAGGGUCUUUUGUGAAGGCGAGGUCCAGGCAACUGGCUUGUUGCCCUUCCUAUGCUGUUGUUGGAGCUAGGGCAUACUGUGUGGGCAGAGCUUCAAGUGUUUUUAGCAUAUGUUGGUCGAAGACAAACUCCCAUCACUUCACUUGCAUAUCGUCUUAUUGAAUUCCGGAUUCUUUAAAGCUACCCAUGUAAACCACAUCAGGUCAACUAGAGAUCGCCUUUAUGCUCUUCAGCAGAAAAGUAUCAGCUCCGGGUUUGUCCUCAGUAGCCGGUAGACAGUCACGGCUUCGAGGGACUGCGAUCCCGAUGCGUUUAUAACCAAUCAAAUAGCCUGCCGUUCGUGAUCAUCUGGGUCUUCUCACCCACGGUUAAGUUAUUCUCUAAAUACAUGACUAAUUGUCCACCCUGGCGGCUCUUUCUGUCUCUCCUAAAUACUUGGUACCCUAGUAGUGCAAUUUCGCUUGAUGUGUUGUGAAUUCCAACGACGAGACUAGUUAACAGCAUUGUUGGUCACGUAGAGAUUGAAGCAGCUAUGUCCAGCCAGAGCGACCAAGAUCUGGAACGCACACGCAUGCAGCCAACACAUUAUUGCACACAGCGGAGAUGGGAAUUAAGGAAAAAUAGGCCAUAGGAGCUCUGGGUGUGCUUCCAGUAGUCCUAUAGGAGAAGUUAUCACGGUAACCCGUUGUUGUCGGUAAUUGCGUUUUUUCAAAAUCUGUGUUCUAAGUUAGCUCAUUUGCACUGCAUACUAUCAAAUAUGUACGCAAUACACGCUAAACGGAGGUUCUACGUCACGUCGGUCACUGCACCUGGGGUCAUUCUCCGUCUGCCCGACUCGACAUUAUUACUAGCGUAUUCAAGAUGGGGUUAGGCUGAUCUGUCUAGAAUCAAAUGCUUAUUUCCUCACCACAAAUAACUGUCACGAUCCGCAAAGAGUUGUAGCUCGGAAGGUUGCCACUUGGAGGGGUAACUCUUCGCCCGCUGAGAACUGAGAGCGAGGCUGCAACGAUUUCAGAUCGUGUGGUACUUGUAGGCAGACUAUUUGGCUGUUUCAGCUACUGCACUUUCGCACGCCUCCGAUCGCCCUGACUCUGCCUUAAAAUCGAAACGAGGUGCGUGCAGGAAGAGUGAGAGAGAGCCAGGCACACACAGUGCAAAUUUGCUUCAACACAAACGAACUCACGCAGGCGUCAUUGUUGAGCCCACUUCGCUGGACAGCUGUGGUCCCCGUCGCUUGCGAUAACCGAAGUGUCAUUACACGCCAUACUAUCCCUACACAAGACUAUUUCACUGUACCCAUUUGCUGCAUGUCAGGCAUGUUAGUUCCUAUAGACCAGGCUUAACUCCCAUACUGUAGGGUGUUAGAGCUUAUGAGCGCCACUAGAAUACAAUUAUCUGAGGGUAAAAAGUCUUUUGGGGCCAAAAUAUAGCAAGCCUCCAACUACAAACAGCGACGCAAAUCUACUUCUCUGGGAGAUCAUUACUUUAGUUAGUUCCUUCUCCACAGACUUGUUGAAGAGCUAUGGACUUUGCACGUUUUCAAUAGUAGAAAAGUAGCCACCAAUGUGACCACCUUAUCACGGUCCGAUUCAUAUGAAGUCAUUAAAAAAAUGCGUGAAGUCAGUAUUCUCCUGUCUAAGAAUGAAGCAAAACGACAUACUUUGCACAGGGCGAAAUGGACAUUGCCUCCUCCUAGAGGCGCAUUUUAUGAUGCCGGCGAAUAUUUCAGGCUGCGAAGUUGCACACCCACCAAAGCGAUGAGGAUCAGUGUCCGUUUUCGAGUGUUAUGCCUUGAACCUGAUCUAACGAUAAGUCAGUAUAGGUGAUGUAGCCGCUGACUCACGUCAAGCUUGGGACCGGAUCAGUUUAGCCCUGAGGCGACGUACAGAUUGGCGCUAUGGUGUGUUUCCAACACUCCUUCUGGAUUUUUUGUCAUAGUUUGCAUGCUUCCAGUGUAACUAUAUUGGAUACCGUUCUUACAUCAUUCAUUUAGCAACUAAAGCAGUGUCUUUCUUCGGCAUCAGCCGAAUGUAUCUCAGCCUCGAAAAUCUCAUAAGACUUGUUGUAGUAAAGUGAUAAAAUUUUCCUACCUGGUGAAUAUCGAGGAUCGUGCCUAAAAUUGCAGAAGCCAGAAACUUUCUUCGCGGAAUCAGCGCGAUUUCAUAUCAUCAAGACAAGAUGUCAGCACUGCGGUUACUGCUGGUUUUCGUGUCCGCCGUUUGGAUUAUGUGUAGUCUGCCUCGUGCUCUGCAGUGCUCGGACUAUACCUGUUGGUCAACAUAGCAACUGUGUUCGUCUAUUCGUGAUGUAUUUUUAUCUUUUUUUACCGGACUGCCGCCUGCCCACAGGCCUCGCCGGAGUAGCCGUCAUGUCACAGCAGCCCAGCCCAGCCCAACAGUAUACUCUCCUUCCAGGUAUAAAACACCCGUUGACUACUUAGUAACAACAGGCCAAUAUCUGCCACUUAAGAGAUUACUUCGGCCCAAAAGGGUCGCCCAUUCCAGUUCCACAUGUAUGAGAAUUCUACCAGGUAGGGGCGUUCCCUGACAUUCUGCUCUUUUCCAGAUCACACCGGAGGUGGCAGCCGCUGCAGUCGCGAAUAUGGGUCCGAGCGGUCUUCUCGGUGCUCAGGGCGAACAAGAGAAGAUCGCCCUCAUAAUGCAAGUUCUUCAGCUUUCCGAUGAAAGCAUUGCGCAGUUGCCUGAGGACCAACGGCGGAGCAUAUUAAUUCUCAAAGAACAGGUCCGGAAAACGGGUGUUAUUUAA